AUGAGGAAACCAACUAUAGAAGGUCAGCUCUUUUAUGUUGAGGAAAUGGAUCAGUUGGCAGAUGAGCUUCUAGAAGAGUUAUCAACAGAGGAUCCUCUACAAGGAUUGCUGAAGCUCCUUGACACCUUCAGACCAGUUCCAAACAUUCUGAGCAUUGAGGGAUUGGACAGGCCAGUUUGCGAAGUCAUGGCAGUGAGCUCGAUCAAGAACUCGAUCGAGUCGAGCCUCGAACAAACGAACUCGAUCGAGCUGGGGCUGAAUGCAAGGAGCAAGCUCAAGGAGAUUGGUCUGAGCUCAAGGCACCUAAAGUCGACCUCAAACCUUUGCCUGAGGGCCUCAGGUAUGCAUUUCUGGGUGAAAACUCAACUUACCCUGUCAUUGUGA